AUGUUUGCUUUGCUUCUUCUACUCAUUUUGAUUCACAACAUCUCAUUAAUUGAAAUUGAACAAUCACCAAAACACUUCCAGAUAAACGAAAAUUCUCCGAAUGGUACCACUAUUGGUAUAAUUAAAACAUAUCCAUCUGAUUAUUUGAUGACUUUAAUUGAUGGUGCUAAUGGACAUUUUGAUCUCAAUUCAAUGGGCGAACUUUUCGUAAGUACUUAUUUUAUUCUUGUCCUAAAUCAUAAUCUAAAUAUUAUAUAA